UCUGGAGAGCAUCUAAAGCGGAAGUAAAAAUAUCGAAUGCAUUUUAUGCCAGAGUAAGAAGACUAAAGGGAGUAGUUAAUCCAGGGGCAAGACGUGACACUUCGGCAUUAGGCGUCAGGACUUCAUCAUUACAGCACAUCAUGUCUUACCUUCCAAAACUCUUUAAAUAUGUGGAUGAACACCAGGACCAAUAUGUUCAGCGCCUGGCUGAAUGGGUGGCUGUGCAAAGUGUCUCAGCCUGGCCUGAGAAACGUGGAGAGAUCAAGAAAAUGAUGGAGAUGGCUGCCAAAGAUAUAGAGAGGCUGGGAGGCACGGCAGAGUUGGUAGAUAUCGGAAAAGAGAAGCUGGCAAGUGGUGAAGAGAUUCCUCUUCCUCCUAUAAUCCUGGGCAGACUAGGCACAGACCCCGGCAAGAAGACAGUGUGCAUUUAUGGACACCUGGAUGUCCAGCCUGCACAUAUUGAUGAUGGGUGGGACUCGGAGCCCUUCACUCUAGUGGAGAGAGAUGGAAAGCUUUAUGGGCGUGGAUCUACAGAUGACAAAGGCCCAGUGCUUGCCUGGUUUAAUGUCAUUGAGGCUUUUCAGAAGAUAGGACAGGAUCUGCCUAUCAACAUUAAAUUCUGCUUCGAGGGGAUGGAAGAGUCUGGCUCUGAGGGACUGGAUGAUUUGGUGUUCUCACGCAAAGACACAUUCUUUAAAGAUGUGGACUAUGUUUGCAUCUCAGACAACUACUGGCUGGGCAAGACCAAGCCCUGCAUUACAUACGGGCUGAGAGGAAUCUGCUAUUUCUUUUUAGAGGUGGAAUGCUGCGACAUGGAUUUGCAUUCUGGAGUGUUUGGAGGCUCCGUCCAUGAAGCCAUGACUGACCUGAUUACUCUCAUGGGCUCAUUAGUGGAUAAGAAAGGGACGAUCCUGAUUAAAGGGAUAAAUGACCAUGUUGCUAAGGUCACUGACGAGGAGAAAAAGCUUUAUGAGAAGAUUGAGUUUGACCUGGAAGAGUACGCCAAAGACAUGGGAGCCAAACGUCUGCUGCACGGCACUAAGGAGGAAGUGCUGAUGCAUCGCUGGAGAUACCCUUCUCUUUCCCUGCAUGGCAUUGAGGGCGCUUUCUCUGCCAGUGGAGCCAAGACGGUCAUCCCACGCAAAGUCAUUGGCAAGUUCUCCAUCCGCCUGGUGCCUGACAUGGACCCCAAAGUGGUGGAGGAACAGGUCAUCUCCCACCUCAAAACGAAGUUUGCUGAACUGGAGAGCCCAAACAAAAUAAAGGUGCACAUGGGCCAUGGAGCCAAAGCCUGGGUGUCUGAUUUUAACCAUCCUCACUACAUGGCUGGUAGAAAAGCAAUGAAGACAGUGUUUGGCGUUGAACCCGAUCUGACCCGUGAGGGAGGAAGUAUCCCUGUGACUCUGACCUUCCAGGAGGCUACAGGACGCAAUGUCAUGCUGCUGCCUGUUGGCUCAUCAGAUGAUGGUGCUCACUCCCAAAAUGAAAAACUCAACAGGUCCAACUAUAUCCAGGGCACUAAAAUGUUGGGUGCUUAUUUCCAUGAAGUAUCUCAGCUCAGUUAACAGGAUUGACAGCCAGCUUGAUAAGGAAUGAAAAUAAGAUGAUUGAAAAACCCCCCAAAAAAAGCUAUUAUUUUCAGUGAUUUACAAACGCAGGAGUCUACAGUAACAGCCCUGAAGUGUUUUGUACAUAAAUUAAUCUUGGUAUUUUGGAGAAGGCAGUGGUUUGGUUUGGAUCAUCUGUUCUAAUGGCCUAUCAGGCUGGAGCUACAGUAGCAAAACACCUUUUACAAGAUAUUGUACAUGGUCUCACAUGAAGCAAGUAAUUAUAGUUCUUAUGUUUAAUCCAACUGGUUCAAAAUAAUCAGUAAAGCAAAUCAAAGUCAUGUUGCUCUUGGGGCUUAAAACUUUUGGUGUUGGCUCUGGGAGACAUAUGGGAGUCUUAUAAGCAAGCUCUAUAAGCAAGGAAGUAUGACGGUUAAGGACUUUAUCUUUUAACUAUUCAAAACCCAAAGUAAUAGGUUGUCUGAUCAAUGACAUAUACAAAUAUGCAUCAACAAUAAAAUCAAGUUAAUCAUC